GAGGUAAAAUAAAUAGUUCGUAGUCAAGUUAAUAUUUAAAUAUGUUUCAAUGAAUACGCCGAAUAAAAGUGUCAAAAAUGUUCAACAUUUUCGUCAUUAUUUUGGUGCUAUGUUUCGUAAAUCAAUCCCAAUCCAGUCUAAUUUGGGAUGCCUUUUUGUUGAGUUUAAAAAAUCUCGUGAAAGAAGAAGAUAUAUUGCGAUUAAAUCUAAGUAGAAGUUGUUCUUGGCAAGUAAAAGCUUUAUACCAGCAACCAAACAUAGUUUGGAAGAUGUUUGAUGCAUCUGCUAAAUUUCCUUACUCUGGAAUUCAAGAUACUGGUAGAGUCGAACUGGGAAAUUUCGAACAAUGUUUAGCUAUAGAUUAUAAAAACGAUGAGGUGAAAAUUUUAGGAAAAUACUGCUACGCAGGCUUAGUUAUUCCUGAUGUAACUAAUAUUACAAACACAGAUUUAUUUUAUAAAUUGGCUAUAUGUAUCCCAAAUGGAUGUUCUGCUGAAGAUAUACUUCUUAUUGUUGACCACAUUUUUCCCGGCUUUCCUCCUCUAUUUAUAGACCAAUUUUGUAGUACCAAAGUAAGCGGAUGGGACACUUCAUUUGGAACUUUAAUUACCAUGUGUAUUUUCCUCAUAAUAAUCUUUCUUUUAGUCGUUAGUACUGUUUACGAUUUUUACUGCCUGAAAUUUGAACAAAAACCAGCACACCCUCUAUUGUUGGCUUUUUCAGUAAUUACCAAUACCAAAAAUAUACUGAAAGUUUCUUUGAAAUCAUCUCCAGAAACCAUACAAAUUUUCAGUGGAAUGAGAAUUAUUAGUGUCACUUGGAUUAUAGCCGCACAUGGGAUGCAAAUUUUUAUGAAACAAGUUAUUCCAGUUAUGAACUGGGAUUAUGGAAAAUCUCUCCUUUAUAAAAGAUAUGCAUCAUACUUGUUGAGUGCUAAUUUAGCAGUAUCAACAUUUUUUUUCAUCAGCGGAUUUUUAGUCAGCUUUCUAUAUUUUAAAAGAAAAAUUGAACAUUGGUUGGUUCAGUUGAAAAAGCUUCCCUUGCUAUAUUUACAUCGCUACAUUAGACUUACUGCACCAUUGUUGAUGCUUUAUCUGUUUAUUCUAUAUGUAUACAAAUAUCUUGGAAGCGGACCAUUGUGGGAGUCUGGUACUGAAACUCAAAUAGGACAUUGUAGAAAGUACUGGUGGUCUUACUUUUUGUAUUUACAAAAUUACGUUAAUUGCAACGAAAUGUGUUUAGUACAUCUUUGGUAUUUAUCAGCUGAUAUGCAAUUAUUUUUCUUUGCUCCAAUCGUUUUAAUUCCCAUCAGUAUAUUGUUGAAAUCCAAAAAUGGACUGAAGCUAGCAAUGUUUAUAUUGGCUGGUUUGAAUAUUUUUUUUGUAAUAGCUUACGUCGGAAUUGCCAUCUUAUUUCCUUCAACAAACGACAGUACUCUUUAUACACACAGUAGAGUUCAGGACUAUUUUAUUGGAAUUGCGAUGGGAAUAUUUAUGAGAUUUACGAGAGAUGACUCGUAUUUUAAUAGUAUUAAUACUAAAUUCAUUUCAAAAGGAUUUUUAAACUUGCUUAUUUGGAUUAUCGUGUUAAGUGUGAUGUUUCUUAUAGUUUUAUUUUACGAAGAUGCUGAAAUGUGGUUUAGCUACAACAACAAAACUAUUUAUAUUGGUUUUGCUAGAUUCACGUGGUGCGUAGGUUUGUGUUGGAUUGUAUAUUCAUGCUACCACGGUUAUGGAGGUAUAGUUAACUGGAUAUUGUGCAGGCCGUUAUUUCAAGUCGGCGCUAAAAUUACAUAUAGCAUGUAUUUGUUACAUAUAUUGGUAUUAGCACAUCAUGGUUUCAGUAACAAAAUGAAAUUUUAUAUGGAUAUUUACGUAGCGUUUUAUUUAUUUUGUGGUUAUUUUAUUAUAUCAGUGAUUUGCGCUUUUCUAUGGUCGUUGGCUUUCGAAUCUCCAAUUCUGACGAUAGAAAAAUAUUUUUUCAGAAACACAAGGCAAACAGGAGUUACGUUCGCCAAUCACGUCAAGCGAACAGAAGAAGCUUAUGCAUAAUUUUUUCAAUAUAAUCAUAAAUUAUUUAAAAAUAUAAAGAGUUUCGUUUAUGAAAAA